UCUCUCUUCCCAUUUAGUCUUUACUGUUAGUUGCGCCUGCUACAUAUUGCUUGUCGGUUCUGAAGUGCUGACCUAAGGCUACAGUACCAGGUACCAGCUCUGUGUAUUCUAGUCUGUUUAUUGUCCGGCUGCUGAAUUGCGUUUGCCUGAUCAUAUAAGACAAGAGAAAGGGCUUGAGCUUCUGCCGGGUUUAAAAUGGAAGGCAUCCAGCAGCUGCAGCAGCUUGGGCCCUCGCCGGCUAAGCCCAGCAAGGCGAAGAAGCAGCCAAACCAGGCACCACAGCCCAAGACGCUGUACCCUCCGCCGGAGCUGCUGGAAGAUCUAUGCAGCCGCUUCGUCCUUAACGCCCCUGAAGAAGAGCUCAAGUCAUUCGAGCGCAUCGGCUUCCUCAUCGAGCUCGCGCACUGGUUCUACGAGGACCACGUGCGCGAGCAACAGCCCGCUUUACGCAGCUUUUCGCUCAGCGACUUCAUCGCCGCAAUGUUCAAGCACUGCGCGGCGCUCCGGCCGUACGGCGAGUUUGCGGACGAGAUCUACCGCAGCUUUACGGACUACAAAGUGAAGGUGCCCACGACGGGGGCGAUUCUGCUGAACCCAGCAAUGGACAAGUGCGUGAUGGUGAGGGGCUGGAAGCAGCACUCGGCGUGGGGCUUUCCAAAGGGGAAGAAGAACUUCCAGGAGGAAGAUCUGGCAUGCGCAAUCCGGGAGGUGGAGGAAGAGAUUGGGUACAACAUUGGCGGCCACGUAAACCCGGAAGACUUUCUCGAGGUCGAGAUUGCCGAGCAGCGCUGUCGGUUGUACAUAGUCACGGGCGUCGAGGAGAGCACGCCCUUUCUAACGCGGACCAAGAAGGAGAUCGGGGAGAUUGCGUGGCACUGGAUUGCGGACCUGCCGGACGUGGAGAACGAGGAUCCGGACAACCCGGGGAACCCGAACAAGGGCGCCAACGGCCUCAAGUACUUCCUCGUAUGGCCGUACAUGAGGGGCCUCAAGAACUGGAUCGCAGCACGGAAAGCGCCAGGGGGAGGGCGGUCUAAGCGAAAAAAGGGUUUGACAGGUCCCAGCAACCCGACGUCGUCCGGCCGAUCUGCAGUCGCUCCUCCGCCGUCAGAUCCGGCCCCUGCAACUCGCGAGCUACCUCAGAUGCCAGCUGUAGAAUUUCAAGCGUCUGAUGUGCCAAGUGGCACUCAACCAACGGCCCUGUAUAGCAGCCCUGAUUUCAGUAACUUCCGGUUCGACGUUGCCCGGAUAUUGCCCCUUCUGACCUUCCCGGAGAAGGUCCAACACGCCUCCUUAUAGGCUAAGUUUGCACAGUAUUGCGCAAGCGGCAGCUAUCGUGCUCUUUUGGCUCAAGUUUUGCGUCCUUUGACCUGAGUCUCUCAUCUCCGAUCUAUGGGGCAAGACGCGAAGUUCGUCCUCCGAGGGAUGUUAGAACUCAUUUUGCAGAUGAUUUCCGAGAUUGCAGAG